AUGGACGAAGAGGUUCGAAUUGGGACGAUGCCGUCUAAACUUCUAGACUUUUCUUUGUACAAAGAAAUAGCUUUUUUCCCCAGUUUUGGACAGAGCACCAUCUACAACCUCUGCGACUUACCGUCCCAAUGCUCAGUCACAAAUGGCGAGGAUCCUUCUUGCCGAAAACACGACCUCAUGGCAGCUUCGUUACUACCGGCUGUUGAAAGUUCCUCGUCCAAUCGCUGCUGCACUCAUUACUCAUUUAGCUCGGAUGGUGAAAAGUUGACAAUGACAAGUAAAUCCUUCGACUUCGUGUACCUACCAACUGCAGAUAUCGUGUGCCUGGAUGCCUUCUAUGAUGAUCACGCGAAACACUAUGUGGUCUGUGUGGGUUUAGUCAAGGAGGAUGGCACAAGUUUCUUUAAUAUCUACGCUGCCGCGACGCUGAGUGAACUUCCCGAGCGAUGCGUCUGCCUGUCCGAACUCGACUACUUUCCCCUCCAAGCCACCCAUGUCAAUUACAUCUCACCGACCAACCGAACGCCUCAAUGUGCACUCUUGUUGUCGUGCUCUGGUGGGCUACCGCCGCCACACGACUUGAACCAAUGCUGUGUCGGACCAAUUCAGGUCUACACUCGACUCCUCGACGUCAAUUCCUCG